AUGCCAUCAACAAAGUCAUCAGAACACCUGACAACUGUCAUAACAGUGGACUCAACCGAACAAAAGCUCACCAAGAGGUUCAAAUGGAUCCCGCUUCUGGGGAUUGCCUUUUCGCUGACCAAUUCUUGGCUUGGGGUGUCCUCAUCUCUCGUGGUUGGUCUGUCAAGUGGUGGCCCGCUUUUGAUCAUCUAUGGGCUUAUCAUCGGAAUGGUCUUCACUUUGAUGUGUGGCUAUUCUCUCGCAGAAUUCUCCUCAAUGCUCCCAAACAGCAGUGGUGCUUGCUUUUGGGUUCUUAAAAUGCUAGAAAGUCCAAAAGACAGCGACUCUGACUUAAAAAAUGUUGAAGUGCUCACUCAUCAAGAGGAAAACCCAGACGAGAAAUCGCUAGAGUGGGCAUGUACUGCAAAAGGUGUGACUGUAAAUUCCACGUCUCAAAGAUCUACUGCAUUGGCGGUUGGCCUCAUCAAUUACUUUGGAGCUGUUUUCACUUCUGCCAGCGUAUUUUCGUCGCUCGCACUGAGCAUUCUUGGUGUGCACUCUUUACUCCACCCUGAUUAUGAACUAAAGCACUGGCACAUUUUUGUUGUUUAUCAAAUUUUGAAUGGAGUCAUAACCUUUAUUGAUUGUUGGCCAACUAUAUUACCAGCGUUGUCUCAAUUUGGCCUUUUCCUGUCACUGCUCACCUACUUGUUGACAUUCAUCGUAUGCAUGGUCUGUCGCAGCAACACGAGUGGAAACAGAUGGCCUGAAUCCUCUAAAAUAUUUGGGGAGUUUCAGAAUACGACCGGUUGGAGUUCAUCUCCCAUGGCGUUUAUUGUUGGGCUCAUCAAUCCAUUGUGGGCAUUCGCUGGAAUUGAUUCCGCUACACACAUGGUUGAUGAAGUCGGCUACAUACAAUCGAAGAAGCUCGUACCACGCGCAAUCAUAUGCACAAUUAUUGUUGGGUUCUUAACAAGUUUCACGUAUGCUAUCGGCAUGUUUUAUUGCAUUACAGACGCCGAAAAGGUUACCGAUUCGAUUUUACCCAUACUAGAAAUCUACUAUCAAGCAACGGAAAACCGCAAUCUAAGUGUCUUCAUGCAGUGCUGCUGUAUUCUAACAGGUAUGACCUGUGGUGCUGCUAGUGUUACCUGGCAGAAUAGGAUCUUAUGGAGUAUAGGAAGAGAUUUUUCCAAACUGUCUAACAACAAACCAAUUUCCCGCAGAGCCAUGGAAUUCUUUGGCAGUGUCAAUCGCAAACCGAGAAUCCCACUCAACGCUCAUCUAUUCUCUCAGUUACUGGUCGCUAUAAUUGGAUGUAUCUUCAUGGGAUCUACGACUGCCUUUAAUGCAAUCAUAACAGCCUGUAUCACAUUACUUCUGCUAAGCUAUGCCAUCCCAUGUAUGAUUCUACUUUGGGUUGGAAAAAAGACGUUUUUCGUGCGCAUUCAAAUCGAGCUAUCAGAACUUGGCAUUUCCAUCAAGCGUUUGCCAAAUGUGACAAUUUUUGGAAUCAUCCCCAAUAUUCUCACAAUAUGCUGGGCAUUAUUCUGUCUGAUUUUCCUAUCGUUUCCAUACAGUUUGCCGGUAACCUCCGGUAAUAUGAACUAUGUCUCAGUAGUUUAUGGUGUGGUCGCGUUGGCAAUUGGAAUCAUUGUUUGCGUGUAA